AUGCCUGGGCUCAUCGGUUUGGGUCUUCUGAUACUUCUCGGAUUCCACGUCACCUACAGUACCCAAUGCGAUUGUAAUUCAUCCUGUGCAAUUUAUACGUCACCAGUUCAAUGUGUCCGUUGUUGCACACAUUAUGUGAAACGAAGAUCUCUCCCACUUCAUCCCGCUCAUCGAAAACGGCAGUUUUUGCUCACUGAAAGCACGAAAAUCAAGCAUCCGAUAUGGAGACGGCCUGUGGAACCAAUGGUAGAAGAGUCAUUGCCACGUUUAAUUCGUCUUUUACUCAGAAAACCGCUUUAA